CAGUUUGAGGGUCGCAUCUCCGUAUAAAUAGUGCGCAGGAGUCGCGCGCGACCAAUAAGUAUCAUAGUACAGUGCUUGCAGCCAUGCUCGCGAUGAAACAGAUUUUGUUGUUAAUAUUCGUCGUCUGUGUGGUCUGCGACGCGAGACCAGACAGCGCUGGACACGUUCCACUUCCCGGCCCUGGACUAUCAUACGGUGGUAUUCCUUACGGCAGUAUAAGCGGUAAUGUUGCGGAAUACUUCAGACAUCUGGGGCCAUCUAUCGGUCGGGUCGGGAACUUGCGCGGCUCUGCGUCUAUCGACUAUGCGCCAAUUGAGCAAUAUCUGUAAUAGAUGGCGCUAAUUGUUUAUGUUUAAUUAAUUUAUUUUUAGCAUUUUAUUGAAGUUAUUAUUUGUAAUUAAAAAUAGUUGCUUGUUG